AUGGGACUGGAAAAGUAUCAUGAUGAUGUCGAAGGGCAUUUAAUCGGAGAAUUUGAUGGAAAGCAACCCGAUAUUGUGGUUCGUCCUCGCCAAACUAGAAGUAAAGGCAGUUGGUUGAUCAAAAAGUUGGCUGUUUUCGCGGCAAUUUACUUGUUUCUCUCCUCUACCGUCAAAUAUUACUCGUUCAAUUACGGAUUUGAACUGUCAAGCACUUCUACGAGCGAAAGCCCCUUCGCGCCUUUCUUGAAGGCUUUAGAAACAAACUUGGCCGGUAACUGGUCCAAGAUUUACACAGCCGAAGCACAUUUGGCCGGUACCAACUACGGGUUGGUUGAGUUUACUCAGCAAAAGUUUGAGGAAUAUGGUCUUGAGACUGAAAUUGAUACCUACGAUAUCUUGGUGAGUUACCCCCUCGACCACGACUUGAAGUUGCUUCACCACAACGGCUCAGUCAUUUACCAACCUACAUUGAAGGAAGAUGUUAUUAAGGAAGAUGAAACAACUUCGGGUGAUGAUCUCGUUCCUACGUUUUUAGGUUAUGCAGCUAACGGUAAUGUCACAGCUCAAUACGUUUACGUCAACUAUGGUACAAAGGAAGACUUUGCAAAGUUGAAAGAGAUUGGUGUCGACAUCAAGGGCAAGAUUGCAGUUGCCAGGUAUGGUGGCAUCUUCAGAGGUUUGAAAGUCAAGUUUGCACAAGACGAAGGUGCUGUAGGUGUUUUACUUUACUCAGAUCCUGGUGACGAUGGCGGAAUCACUGAAGCAAAUGGAUACAAACAAUACCCCAAGGGUCCUGCCAGACAAGAGCUGUCUGUGCAAAGAGGAUCAGUUCAGUUCUUAGGUGGUGAAGGUGCAGCACCUGGUGAUCCUACUACUCCAGGUUAUGCAUCCAAGCCUGGCGUAGAAAGACAAGACCCUCACGACAGCAUUGGUAAAAUUCCUGUCUUGCCUAUUUCCUACCGUGAAGUUAAACCUAUCCUUGCCAAACUUAAUGGCCACGGUACCAAAGUUCACGAUAAGAAGUGGGUAGGCGAGUUAGACGGUUUUGAUUAUCUGACGGGUCCCAACCCUAAGGUUGAGUUGAAUCUUUAUAACGAACAAAACUUCACUAUUACGCCAUUGUGGAAUGUAUAUGGAGAAAUAAAGGGUGAAAUUGAUGAUGAAGCUAUUCUUAUUGGAAACCAUCGUGAUGCUUGGAUUAAGGGAGGUGCCGGUGAUCCAAAUUCUGGUUCCGCUGCACUUUUAGAAAUCGCUCGUGCAUUGGGUGAGUUAAAAGCUUCAGGUUAUAAGUUCAAGAGAACCAUUGUGCUUGCAAGUUGGGAUGGUGAAGAAUACGGAUUAUUGGGAUCUACUGAAUUCGGUGAAUUUGCCGCUGCCAGAUUGCAAAAGAAUUUCAUCGCUUAUUUUAAUGUCGAUGUUGCAGCCACUGGAAAAAUUUUGGAACUUGGUGCUUCUCCAAAUUUGGCUCAUGUUAUUAGAAAGGCCUUGAAGCAAGUAGAACAUCCCGAUGAAAAGCAAUCGCUUUUUGAUCAUUUCGAAGAACACAACAAGGGCUUAAUUCGUAACUUAGGUUCCGGAUCUGACUACACCGUCUUCUUUGAACAUUUGGGAAUUCCUUCAGUUGACUUAGGUUUCACUGGAGGAAAAGGUUCUCCAAUCUACCACUACCAUUCCAAUUAUGAUUCUUUCCAUUGGGAAGAGAAGUACGGUGAUCCAGGGUUCAAGUAUCAUAAUACAUUAGCAAAGUUUUUGGGUUUGGCUGUUUUAGAAUUAAGUGAUCAUCAAUUGAUUGACUUUAAGUUGCAAGAUUACAGUCACGAUUUAAUUCUUUAUUUCAACCAAACGGUUGACCUUAUCCCUGAAAAAUGGUUUUCAAAGAAGGUUGAGGAAGAAUCCACUUGGAAUGACUACUUGACUUUUGAUGAAGGAGAAUCAAGCUAUAUGGAUAGAGUUACAAAUGGUUACUACACUCGUCUCCAUGAAAUGUAUCCAUUCCCUGAGUACUUGACUGUUGAACAAUGUCAACACCAUAACUUUAUGCUUAUGUAUGGACCACACAAGCAUAAGGAAGCUACAUUGAAGGAAAUCAUUAACACAACGUUUAAUGAUUUAUACCAAUUACAUAAUGUUUCCACAAUCUUUGAUCUCAAGUCUGAUACUCUUCAGGAAGAAUACCUUGACAGAGACUCUCUCAGCUGGUGGCAAAGAAUCAAAUUGUUUUUCCAAAUUAAGGGCCACAACAAACACUUACAAUACUAUGAAAGAAACUACUUACAUGAAAAGGGUUUGGAAAAGAGAGAAUGGUUCAAGCACAUCGUAUUUGCAAGUGGUAGAUUCACUGGAUAUGCUGGUCAAACUUUGCCAGGCUUAAGAGAAGCGAUUGAAAAUGAGGAUUUCGAAAAGUAUGUUCACUGGUUAGGAAUCCUUUCGAAGGCCGUUAGAAGAGUCUCGACAAACCUUUCACUCCACUGA